CUUACUGAGCAUAAACGUGCGUUGUAUUUAUUUUGAAUUAAAUUUUAAAUCCUCUAUUGUUGUAUACCUAAUAAGAUUUAAAAAUGUAAAUGUGUUGUUAAUUAAGGUUAAAAGUUUUAAACCGUAUGUAAUUCAUUUAUAAAUGACGUGAAUUUUAAUUUUGAAUCGUAGGCGAACACAAAUAUUAAGUAUUAUUCUAAGAAUGUCUCAUCACGCCUACCUUCGUAUCCUGGGCUACGUCACCACCAUAGCGCUGCACGUCUCCAAUAUCACGGUGAUGAUGACCUCCUUCCAUGGAGAGCCCAUGAAGAAUGCCUACGUCAGACAUUUUAGCGAAAUGCAGUUCUUUUUCUUUACUUGUUGGACUUUUUUCUUCCAAACGGCAUACGCGAUAUUUGCUCUCUACACUGAUGUCCUAACACUGAAGAAUUCAGACAACAAAUCAUAUGAGCUGCCCAAUCUGCUGGCUGGGGCGAGAGAUGCCUUCUUCACAAUUAUGGUUUACCCAUCUACAAUUCUAGUCUUCACAGUCUUCUGGCCGUUCUUCUAUUAUGACAGGAGUCUUCUGUUUCCUGCAGACAUCGACUUGGUGAUCUCGAAGACUUCCAACCAUAUAAUGCAUACUUACAUACUUCCUAUUGCCAUCUGGGAGGUCAUGUUUAGGAGGAGGAAGCCUCCCAAAUCCCAUGUGUGGCACAUUUUGGGAGUCGAAGCUCUUGCGCUGACGUAUUUUUCCGUAUUAUUCUUCGUCCACGCCGUCAAAGGAGUCUGGAUAUACCCAAUAUUCGGCAUUCUGAAAGGAUCUAUAUUGUUUUACUUAUUCUUCUUGGCCAUUCUAGCAGUUUUACCAUUUAUGUAUUUUACGCAGUGGACAUUAACUUCUCUGCUAUGGGAGGGAAAGAAGAAGAAAGUUUAUUGAGAGAAGAAAGGUAGAGAAGGGGGAGGAAGAGAAUGAUUGAGAUA